AUAGCUGAAGUAGCAGAAUUUCUGCACACACCAGGACAGAACAGUGCCUUCUCUUCAGGGAAAGGAACUCUUUAAGGAGGCAUCUAAUGUGUUCCCUUCUUUACUGCCUCUUUUAUUUGAAAUACAACAGCACAGAUUCCUUUGUUUUCUUUUCUGCAGCUGGAGUUUAAAUGACACCAAACAGAAUCUACUAUUAGAUUAGAUUACCAGCACUCCAGGGCACAAUGCAAAAAGCAGCCCUAGUCUAUUAUCUUCUGCUUGUUUAUCUGUGCGUUGCUCUUGCCCAGAAUAGACGCAAUGGAAUGCCCGGAAGAGCAAGGCGAAGAAUAAUCUAUAGACGAUUACGAAAGGACCCCGUAGGAAAUCACAGCUUAAACAAGCAGUCACAAAUCAGACCUCCAAUCUCUAGCACUCCACUAAUGAGCAUUCCACUUAUUAAUACUGAUGGAGAUAUUACUGGAGUAUUUAACUCUCUUACCCGUUUGGAUGGUCAAGAAUCCAAUUACAAUAUUUUGCCAGGAAAAGAAGGACGGUGCUUUGCUAAUGGAAUGCUUAUGUUUGAUAAAGCUGUGUGGUCUCCUAAACCCUGCCUCACAUGCCUCUGUUCAAAAGGAAAGGUGUUUUGUGAUGAAACCUCAUGCAAUCCUGUGACAUGUCACAAACCUACAAUACCUGAAGGGGAAUGUUGCCCCGUGUGUAUGGACAGUGUACCAAGUACAAUUUCUCGAGGUGACCCAGCUGAAGUUUCUGGUGAUUCUCCUGUGCCAAAUGAUCCCAGUGAACCAGCCUUGCAUUAUAUACAGGCGCAAGAUCCAAUGCAAAAGAAGGAAGAAAUAUUUGCAAAGAAUAUUCAUAUAAGAAAUAAAGCAAAGAGGAAAAGGAAGAGAAUAAAAAGCCACAAACCAAGGAGAAAACAUGAACAUAUCAAUGAUCAAAUGGAAGAAGAGGUGGAAACCAGAUCAGAGGAAGAAAAAAGAAGAGCUUAUGAAGAAGAAGAGCUAAGAAUUGAAAAAGAAAUGAAAAAACAAGAGCAGGAGCAAGAAGAAAAUGAACAAGAGAAGGAAGGAAGCGAAGAGGAGGAAGAUGUAUUGCGUGGAGAUGUGUUCAGAGUGCCACCGCAUUUCCCAGUUCCUGACCCUUCUAUUGAGAUUCCUCCGUUGCCAAACGGAUGCUCUGUCUUGGAAAAUACAGUAAGCUGCAUUAACAGCAAGCUCACACAUGUACCCAUAAUCAUGGAUGAAGAGCUUAUAAGCAUAGAGCUUGAAGGGAAUGACAUCACUGAAAUUCCAGAUGGAGCUUUCAAUGGGAUGCCUAAUUUGGAGAGAAUUGAUCUUCGUAAAAAUAAAAUCACAUCAUCCAGCAUUGGUCCACAGGCAUUUAAAAACUUGAAGAAUCUGCAACGUUUAUAUAUGGAUGGAAAUGCACUAGUUCAUAUUCCAAAUGGUUUGCCAUCAACUCUGGAAGAACUUAAAAUAAGUGAAAAUGAAAUACAUGCAAUUAAUGAAGAUAGCUUUCAAGGUUUAAAGAAGUUGGUGACACUGGAAUUAGAGAGCAACAAACUUAGUGAAGCAAAUGUCAGCCCUUUAGCUUUUCAGCCUUUGAAGAGCUUGUCAUAUUUGCGCCUUGGGCGAAAUCAGUUUAGGACUAUUCCACAAGGUCUUCCCUGUUCUAUUGAGGAACUAUACCUUGAUAAUAACCAGAUUGAAGAAAUUACAGAAAUAUGCUUUAAUCAUACUGAAAACAUAAACACAAUUGUUCUAAGGCACAAUAAAUUAGAAGAAAGCAGAAUAGCCCCAUUGGCAUGGAUCAAUCAUGAGAACUUGGAAUCUAUUGAUCUUUCUUACAAUAAGUUGUAUCAGGUUCCUUCCUAUUUGCCAAAGUCACUAGUACAUCUUGUACUUAUAGGGAACCAAAUUGACAGAAUUCCAGGAUUUGUAUUUGGACAUAUGAGACCAGGGCUGGAAUACCUCUAUCUUUCAUUUAAUAAACUUGAUGAUUAUGGAGUGGACCCUGUGUCAUUCUACGGAGCAUACCAUUCUCUCAGAGAAAUGUUUUUAGAUCAUAACCAGUUGAAGUCUGUGCCACUUGGAAUUGCAGAAAUGAAAACAUUAAAUUUUCUAAGGCUCAACAACAACAAAAUCAGAGCUGUCCCUCCAGAGAGAAUCUGUAGAUGCAGACUAAAUCAUGAGGAGGAAAACUACGAGAGUGAUGAGGAAGAAGACUAUGAAGAUUCGCAGUUACAACAUCUUCAUCUUGAAUACAAUUAUAUUAAUACAAGGGGCCUUUCACCAUAUGCCUUUUCAUGUGUAAGAUCAUAUUCUAGUGUGAUUCUGAAACUUCAGAAAAUUAAAUAAAAUGUUUUGUGAUACAAAUGUAUUUUUAUAUGUAAAUAAUAUAGUUAGAAUAUUUGUUCUUCGCCAGCAAUUAAUAUGUCAUAAAAAGUAUCUGAAUACUAUUAUUGCUUAAUAAUAAUAUUUAGGGCUAAUGAAGGAUGAGCAGUAAGAGUAUAAAUGUCUCCAAGGAACUGGUAGCAUACUACAGGUAAGAUGCUAAAUCUAUCUAUCUAUCUAUAAAUAAAAUAAAUGUUUUAAGGAAGCACAAUAAAGCUGGAAUUUAUUGAACUUCCAAUUAACUUCAAAAAGCCGAUUUAAUCAAGACCAUUUUCAGUACAAUGGAUUAUAAUAUUUCACAUCCUUUGAAACGUACAUUUAAAAAAAAUCCAAAAAUAUGUCAAAAUUAAGAUGUCAUGGCAAUAGAAAGUAUAUGUCCUGUUAAUAUGAAGACUGUUCAUCAGAACUACAUUUUUAAAAACCUGGCUCCUUUUUUACCACUGCAAAAUGCAGUCAUCCUAGCCAUGCAACAUCCUAGACAUCAUCCAAGAAUUUUUAGGGAAAAAAUUCUGUGCUCCAGUCAAUGUAAUUAUAUGCUCUAAUACUUGAGAAAUCUAUUACGUAUCAUUUGGAAUCAUAAAGCCACAUACAUUCUCUAUUGGCUAUAUGAUUAUAGUUUCUCUUUUGCAUAUGGGCAGAAUUUAUUCAAAUAUAUGAUUAAAAAUACAGUAUUUACAUUUCAGGAACUAUUAACCAAGAAUAAUUUUAUAAAAAUUUAAAAAAUGAAAGUUGCACAUACCCUUCAGAGUUAAAUGAAUUAAUGACAAAGGCAUUCAUACCUGAAGACAUGCCAAUUAUUGCAAUAAAAU